AUACCUGACAAAUUUCUCCUACCAAAGCAUGUUCUCUCCCUCCACGCGAGAUGCCCUUCACUCAUUCUUUGUCUACGUUUACUAAGUUUGGUUGGUCUUGUUAAAAAUUCGUGCUUUCUAGUGACACACGCUCUAUCACUAUAGAGGAAGACUUCACGUUUUCUUACUUUAUUUUACUUCUACUCUCUUUGUCUGCCAAGCAAGACUUGUUGUCUUUUGGUUUAUACCAAUAAUUCAAAGAAAGAAGAGUAAGAGGUGAAGAAUUUUCUUGAAUUCCUGACUGAGCAGUGAAGAAAAUCAUGGUUUCUUUGAUUCUUUUCCCUGCAAAAUCUGUUACUGGAACUAGAAGAGAGACUAGCCCACCGGGGUUAUCGUUCUCUGGUGGUUUUGGUCGUAGGCGGUCAGUGGUUCAGGUGGGGUUCAGGAAUCAAAGGUUGUUUACAGUUCGGGCUGCUUUGGAUUCUUUGGAAACAAACGUAUCUGAUAUGAGUGUUAAUGCUCCGAAGGGAUUAUUUCCACCAGAACCUGAACAUCAUAGGGGACCAAAGCUGAAGGUGGCUAUUAUUGGAGCUGGGUUGGCAGGCAUGUCAACUGCAGUGGAGCUAUUGGAUCAAGGCCAUGAGGUAUUUGCCUUUUGCUGCUUUGUCUUGCGUGGUCAUCUGAUCUUCUUGACCUUAUUGAAACUCGAAAAAAAAUGCAAACUUGUGGAUUGCAUAGUUCAAACUUAUUUAAAGAGCAAACUUGACAUCUAUUUCCUAGAAAGUUUGAAUUGUUACAGCAUGGAAGGAGCGACCUUGUCCGGAAGAAAAGCUUCAGCAUAUGUAUGCGGUGCUGGGGAAGAGUUAGUAGCUUUGAGGAAGACACUUGCAGCUGUCGAAUCUCAAGAUGGCACAAAAUCUCAAAAUUUAAUUGAUGAGCUCAGUCUUAGGAGGUGGGGUUGGGGGGCGGUGGAGGAGACGGAUGUUUCGGGCAUCGGUGGUGGCGGCGGGGAUUGUUUUUGGUGUCGUGAAGGAGACAGGACAGCAAACUUCGAAGAGUUACGAGUAGCAAGUGAUCCUGUUGGAGGAGCAUCACCAUAG